CAAUUGGAAGAAUCCAGUGGGGGAGGAAUGGUGCCACGGAGUAAACUGUGAUUAAAUCUGAGCUCCUGAGAGAGUUUCUGUUACUGUUGAAACUCCUGCGCGGUCGGUGACACGUCUCCCCUUGAACCUUUGACUGCAGAAUGCAACAACCAGGCCGGCUGAGGCUGAGGCCAUGGCUGGAGGAGCAGAUUCAGUCUGGGAGGUAUCCAGGAGUUAGCUGGCUGGACCAGCCAGCACGGAUCUUUCAAAUCCCAUGGAAACAUGCCGCUCGUCAUGGAUGGAGUAUUGACCGAGAUGCUACACUCUUCAGGAGUUGGGCCAUUCACACUGGACGGUACCAUCCAGGCAAAGACAAACCAGAUCCCAAGACAUGGAAAGCAAAUUUCCGCUGUGCCUUGAAUUCUCUGUCUGACAUCUGUGAGCUGCGGGAGCACAGCAGGAAGAGAGGCAGCAACGCCUACAGAGUUUAUAGGAUGAUGCCCAGCACACAAACACACAGACGCAGGAGAGGGCUGAGGUUGAUAAGCAGGCCUCGAGAAAGACAGUUGGGUUUAGGUGAUGAUACUCACACCACACAUGCAUGGCAACCCACAACAACAAGACCCAUUUCAGCCACACCACAGAAGGUGGAGACCCAUGCGGAGGACAUAUUUGGUGAUGCCCAAACGCAUGGUAUGUGGGAGGCCAAACCAGAGGACCAGGAACAGAAUGAGGCUGUAUUUAAGUUGAUGGACCACUUAAGCAACACUGACGUCUGGAACCUGACAGGGGAGCAGAGAGGAUGGAGGACACACACACUGUGGGACCACUGGCACUGUGCUGGUGAUGAUAACCCGUAUUCUCUGCACACAGAGAACUACAGUGAUCUGUUUGGUCCAAACUACAUCAAGGAGCUCUCCGAUUGGUCCACACAUCAGCAAACACUGAUGCCGUAGCUGUGUGUACUGAACGGCUCAUCCUCAUGCUCUUUGUGUUAACCACAGCUGUUCUUCCUUUAGGCUUUCUUGCUAAUUUUCAGCUGAUUUCCUCCUGCUGUCUGUCUGCUGAGCUGACCACUGAAAAAGGGGAAACAAGAGAGGGGGAACGGUCGGGCGGUCAUCCUCUCUGCUGAGCAUGCUGAGAUGAAGAUCCUGUUCCAAGCCAAGCUUUACCUCUGUCAUCAUCACUUCACUAUGGUUCAGUGCCUCAAACUUACUGACAUGACACCAAGCUCAGUGAAAACAGAUCUCAUUUCGUUUUAGUGCUGGAUCGGUUAUUGCUCUACUGUUUCUCUGGGUUUUACUGGAUGUUUAGCCAACAUACAGUAAAGGAAGUGCAGAACACACAGGCAUUACAGUUUGGCUUGUGUUUGUUUGUUGAGUUUAAAACUCCACAGCACUACACAGUAAGCUGUAAUCACCAUGUAUCUUUUUUGUCAUAUAUAUGCAUGUGAUUUCUAUACCUUUAGUUUUAUCAAUUUUUACAACUUCUCACAGAGGUACUCAAGUUUUUAUAUUUUCAUCGUCUGAGGCAGAACAUG